ACGAUGCUGCAUGCAGCCGUGGCCGGCGGGAACGCGCGGGUCCUGUCGCCGGCUUGCUCUGGUCAGCUGGACAUCAUGCGCCUGCUACUGGAGGCCGGCGCCGACCCCAAUGUCGCCAUGACGAAGAGCGGGGAGACGCCGCUGAUGAAGGCUGUGAGGGAGGGCGGGGAGGCGACGAUGGUGCGGAUGCUGCUAUCACACGGCGCCGACGCCAACGCUACGGACUCGUACGGACAGACCUCCCUGCACUACGCGGCUUACUCUGGCCUGCUGGAGGUCGUGCGCCUGCUACUGGAGGCCGGCACGGAUCCAAACGCCGCGGACUCGCGCGGACAGACCUCCCUAUACAACGCGGCUAACUCUGGCCGGCUGGACAUCGUGCGCCUGCUACUGGAGGCCGGCGCAGACCCCAACGUCGCUGUGACGAAGAUCGGCGAGACGCCGCUGAUGAUGGCGAUAAGUUGGGGCAAGGAGGCGGUGGCGCGGAUGCUGCUCUCACACGGCGCCAACGACAACGCUGCAUACUCGAACGGAGAGACCUCUUUGCUCAUCGCGGCUCGCUCUGGCUGGCUGGACAUCGUGCGCAUGCUACUGGAGGCCGGCUCAGACCCCAACGUCGCCAACAAGAACACCGGGGUGACGCCGCUGAUGACGGCGAUGAUUACUCUUCUCUUGAAUCAUGGAGCUGACCCGAACCUCGUCGAUUGUAACAAGAGAACGCCGCUCGCUAUAAUAGGCAGCGAGAAACCCAUGAUGAGGGCGGUGGAGGAGGACGAGCAGAUGAUGGAGCGGAUACUGCUCUCACACGGCGUCGACGCCAACACCGCAGACUCGCAAGGAGAGACCUCCCUGUACCACGCGGCUUGCUCUGGCCAGCUGGACAUCAUGCGCCUGCUACUGGAGGCCGGCGCCGACCCCAACGUUGCGGACUCGUACGGAUGGACCACCCUGUACCGCGCAUCUUGCUUUGGCCGGCUGGACAUUGUGCGCCUGCUACUGGAGGAGGGCGAGGAGGCGGUGGUGCGGAUGCUGCUCUCACACGGCGCCGACGCCAACGCCGCGGACUCGCAAGGAAGGACCUCCCUGUACUACGCGGCUUUGUCUGGCUGGCUGGACAUCGUGCGCCUGCUACUGGAGGCCGGUGCAGAUCCAAACGUCGCCGAUACGGAGGUGCAGAUGCUGCUCUCACACGGCGCCGACGCCAAUGCCGCGAACUCGUACGGACAGACCUCUUUGUACCAUGCGGCUCGCUUUGGCCGGCUGGACAUCGUGCGCCUGCUACUGGAGGCCUUCGCCGACCCCAACGUCGCCAAGACGAACAGUAGAGCGAUGCCGCUGAUGAUGGCAGUGAAUAAGGGCGAUGAGGCGUUGGUGCGGAUGCUGCUCUCACACGGCGCCGACGCCAACGCCGCGGACUCGUACGGACAGACCUCCCUGUACGAUGCGGCUCGCUUUGGCCGGCUGGACAUCGUGCCCCUGCUACUGGAGGCCGGCGCCUUCCCCAACGUCGCCCAGAAUAUGAGCGGAGAGACUCCGCUGAUGAUGGCGGUGAAUAAGGGCGAGGAGGCGGUGGUGCAGAUGCUGCUCUCACACGGCGCCGACGCCAACGCCGCGGACUCGCAAGCACAGACCUCCCUGUACCAUGCGGCUCGCUUUGGCCGUCUGGACAUCGUGCGCCUGCUACUGGAGGCUGGCUCCGACCCCAACGUCGCUCAAAAUAUGAGCGAAAAGACGCCGCUGAUGAUGGCGGUGAAUAAGGGUAAGGAGGCGGUGGUGCGGAUGCUGCUCUCACACGGCGCCGACGCCAACGCCGCGAACUCGUACGGAGUGACCUCCCUGCACGUCGCGGUCGUCUCUGGCCGGCUGGACAUCAUGUGCAUGCUACUGGAGGCCGGUGCCGACCCAAACGUCACCGAUACGGAAGAAAGGGGGAGUUUCACCGCGUUGCACGACUCCUGUGAUCAACUUCAUACCGAGAUGAUUACUCACCUCUUGAAACACGGAGCUAACCCGAACAUCGUUGAUUGUAACAAGAGGACGCCGCUCGCUUUACUAGGCAGCCAGGCAGAGGUGAGAAGCCUUAGAAUGAGUGAGCGAGGAGCACACGCAGCACCAGCAGAACAAGCGGAGUCAGUGGUACAAGCGGCGUCAGCUCUCCUUCAGACGUGCGAGUCCGCCGGCGUACUUCUACAGGUUAACACACGCGACAGCGAGGGCAACACCCCGCUGCACAGCUUCUGUAGGGCAAUGUUUGCAGGCAGAGAGGGAGGGGAGGGGUACGUGCAGAUAGUGCACGCGCUGCUGUUCAACCACGGUGCACACGUCGACGUGGUGAACGCACGGGGAGAGACACCGUACGAACUCUGGCGCCGGAUUAACCCGACGCAUUUCCGCGGCAACGUGGAGUCGAGCGACGAGAUACAUGGCAGAAUGAGCGCGCAGUAUUAUUCGCUGAAGUGCCACUGCAAACGCGUUAUCGUCAGACACAGCGUUGCAUACGAGAACAGGCUACAGCUGCCUCCGAGUCUCAUAGAAUUUGUCAGGGCACACGCUAGACUAACAUAGGCGACACUAAGCGUGUUAACCGAGGAAGCCCAUGUAGGAUCGGAGAUGCGAUAACUCAGAGGAUAUUAUCAAUACUUGGUAGAUCUAUGUUCUAAUUGUUGCACGUGUUGGCAGACAUUUCAUUGCACUGUAAAAUCGAGUAUAUGUAGUAACACUAUUCAGUUUAUAUAGAAAUGUGUAGAUUAUCGGUAUGAUGCCUUGGUGAAUUGGCGCGAUUUAAUAACCACGAGUACAACUGUUAAAAGUUUGCAAAUCAUUUUUCUCUGUAAAAAAAACUCUAAAGGCUUAGUUGGGUUCUGAAUAUUAAAAAAAUAAA